GGAUGGAAAUGAGUCAUUUAAUCGACAUAGCAGACCCUCAUGUUCCAUUGGUAGAUUCAAUGGGAAAGGAGUUGCAAAGCUUGAAAUUGUCUCCUUUCUCCGCUGAAUGUAUUAUUUAUAAAGUUCCUGAGCGACUACACCAUGUCAAGGAAAGAGCCUACACACCAAAGGUAGUCUCCAUUGGCCCGCUUCAUCAUGGUAUUGAUGAAUCCUUAAUAGCCAUGCAAGAACAUAAAAUGAGGUACCUGGGAGAUUUUAUUGAAAGGACAGGCAAAACGUUGGAGUUCUUUCUUGACUUUGUAAGGAAGAAUGAAGCAAAACUUCGCGGUUGUUAUGCAGAAACCAUUCACCUUUGCAGCGAUCAAUUUGUGAAAAUGAUUCUGGUGGACGCCGCCUUCAUUGUCGAGGUUUUGCUCAAGUCAUCUAACCCUAAAAUGCAGUUGAAAAAUGACCGGAUAUUUAAGAAACCGUGGUUGAUACAGGAUGUCUGGACUGACAUGCUGUUGCUUGAAAAUCAACUUCCGUUCUUCAUUCUCAAGGAUCUUUUCGAAGCAUACAGCAGAGAAGUCCCGUCGGAAAAUCUGACACUCGUUAGGCUUACAGAAAACUUCUUCAAAUCCAGAAUGGAAUCACCGGGAAUAGAAGACAGAUGGGAAGAGUUCUCUUGUGGUGAUUUCGAAAUUAAACAUUUUGUUGAUCUCCUACGACACGUGCGAUUAAAGCCUAGUAAGAGGGAUGAAAUGAAACUUUGGAAGCUAACCAUGCCCACCAUGACAGAGCUACACCAGGCCGGAGUCACGUUUCAGGUGUCGAGAAGCAGAAAUCUAUUUGACAUAAAAUUCGAUAAAAAGAAAGGGAUACUGGAAAUCCCAAGUUUUAUUUUCAGUACUGAAACAGAACUCACAAUCCGAAAUUCAUUGGCCUUUGAGCAAUGCCAUUACAAUGAUGAGAACUACAUAAAUGAUUAUGUUAUCAUUAUGAAUCGGCUUGUUGAAACUCGCAUGGAUAUAGAGUUGCUGGUGAAGGAAAGAAUUGUUGAGAAUAGGUUUAGCAACACCAGAGAAGGGUCAAAUUUUCUUAACAAACUUGCGGAUGGGGCUACUUUGGACCAGAAUAACUUCUAUUUUGCUAGUCUUUCUGAAGAGCUGAACGCUUACUACAAAACCCCAUGGCACAAGUGGAAGGCAAACUUGAGACAAAAAUAUUUCAAAACACCAUGGACUGUCAUUUCGCUUGUUGCAGCUAUUUUUCUGUUUAUACUUACUUUCAUACAAACGGUAUAUUCUGUAAAAUGAAAUCUUUGUCUCUUUCGCCA